CUAGGCUAGUAGCAUUACUAGAAUCCACUAAUUAACAAUGCAGCUACGAAAACAUAUUAAUAGCUGUUUAUAAGUCCCGCCACUGUGACGUAUUUGAUGUAUUCAAGUCACUCAGUUGGUAAACAGGUUUUUGGCUGACUGACUUUUGCAUUUUAUUCACUGCAUUUUAUUCUGGUGGCAAUCUGAUAUCUGUAUGCAUAACAAUUAGGCUCUAUGAAAAAUUGAUUAUACAAAAAGCAUUGUUACUUGUUAUUAAAUGGCAACUGGAUAAUCUUUAUUAAGUUGUUUUAAAGGAUUUCACACUGUGUUAAUCUAAGCAUUUAAACAAUUUAAACACCAGUAAUUGACAUCACAAUGUAUAAACUAACAACAACUGUGGAUUUAUUGAUGGCCAUUACAAUGGGUUAAGUUUACCAAAGACAGACUACACAUAUGCUAAAAGUGGGAGCUACAGUCCAAGAUUUUUCGGUCGUAAAUACGUGAACCCCAACAUGUCUCGGUACCGGAUUCAUGGCCGCCGUCAGCCGGUGGGUGGGGAGGGUGGGGGCCAGCAUGUGGGUGGUGAGAUCUCCUCCGAGGAGGAUGAUGAGUUGCUGUACGGAGAGUACAUGGAGUAUAGUGACGAGGACAAGGACCUCGAUGACAGCCAGUCUGAUGUCUCUUAUGAACGAGUUCUGGUAGAUGGAAUGUCUCUGAGAUCAGGUAAAAGUCUUCAUUCAAUGCGUGAGAUUCUACAUGAACAUGACGCAAAACUGCAGCAGUCAGAAAUGAUAAACAGCACGACUCAAAACAUAUCAACCUCCUCCAGUUUAGUAACAUCUUUAUCAAGAGCAAUUCGCAGUGCUCAAAAGAACACUAACGAAAAUGCAAUCUCAAAAUCUACCAUCAAAAAAGGGUUUCCAUCAAAGGCUAACUCAAAACAUUAUUCUCAGUCAGAUAGAAAAGCUAAAGAUUUUGAUGGAGACGUGAAUGUGAAUAAAUAUAAUCAGACAACUAAUGUAAGACCUAGGCGUAAUUUAAAUACAGACUUCAGUAACUCAGCUGCUCUGGAGACUGUGAAUAACAGUGCCAGAAAUGUAAGGCGUGAAUCUGGUGCAAGCUACGAUGAGAUUGAUUCUGGAAAUUCAAGAUCAGGCUAUUCAGUUAGAACUGUGACAAAAACUGUGACUGAAGAGUAUAAUGAUCUGGACCAUGGUUUUCCAGAGAAAGGGUCCAUGGAAGCAUCAGAAAAACAAGCUAAUGCUAGACGUAAUAGUAAACAGGUUGUGAAAAACAACAUUAAAUUGUAUGGGUUGGAUUCAGAGGGUGAGUUUUCCGACUCUAGCACCAGUUACACACAUAGAUCUGGCUACAGCAAUGGCCGCUCAGGCAGUAGUAACAGUACCAGUUCAUCUUCAUCUUCAUCGACUGUCUCUAGCAUUAUUACAACUAUAACAGAAACCAUAUCAACAGUAACCAACCCAAUUGUAAAACCCCUGUGGAAGCAUGUUGGUCAGCCAGUAACAACCCAUGUGUGCAGGCCAAUUUUGCAAACAAUUACAACAGUUGUAACAGCAGUUAUCUCCCUUAUAUGGCUACUUUUGUGGGUACCAGUGACCUCACUUGUUAAGACUCUAGCUAGGGCACUGUCAUGGAUGUUCAGAGGAGAAUUGUUGAAUACUGCUCAGAAGGGUGCAGUAUGGAUGUGGGAACAACUGGAAUACAUUUCAUGGAAAUUCACAACCCUUGAUGUUUGGUUGUUCCAAAGGAGAAGGAGAUGCUGUGUAUGGCUACCUCUGUUGUUGUUGUUACCUGUACUACUGGCCAUUUUAACAGGAUUCAGAUUCUGGGAAGAUAGCUCCAUAUUUGUUGGGAUGUUUGGUGGACAGAAGCAAGCUCCUCAGGUUAUCAUCAAUGAGAAGCACGAGCACUACAGCCAGCUGAAUGAGGAUGUGAGAAACAUGAUCUUCCAGAUGCAGACCAGCUCUCGGUCACAACUGACCAUGGCAGAUGUGGAGGCCAUUGUGUAUCGCAUUCUCAAUAAGGAGUCCACACUGUUGAAGGCAGACAUAGAGGAUAGCAGGAUCAAAGAUCACGCCAGCCAGUGCCAGUGGAAGACUGAGCAGGAACAAAAAUUUGGGGACAUGAAACAGAAACAGGAUGAUCUCUUGCUUAACAUUCAGGCUCUUGAAGCAGCAAUAGCAGCGGAGAAAUCCCACCAGGCCUCCCUGGAAGGCACGCAGCAGUCUAAGUCUGCGGAGUUGCUGGCUGGUCUGGAGGCCAGGCUAGCGGCCCUACAGGGAGAGAUGACAGCUCAUGAGGAGAAGUAUGCAGCGCUGCUAGCUAUCAUCAACGACUGCUGUAAGAAUGAGACCUUCUACGCAGCCUUGGUGAAAGAUAAUGUAGACAUUGUGUUUGCACAGCUGAUGUCAGGUGAGCCCAGUGACAACCCAUCUCACACUGCCUUUACUGAGUGGCUGCAAGCUAAAUAUGUGAGUAAAGAGGCAGUGGAUGCCCGCUUGAAAGACCUAUCUGUCGAACUGACUGCCAGCAUGGUAGCCAUGAUAAAGGACUUGCAGGCUCAGAAACAGGCAGAAGCCUCUACUACUGCUAGUGUGCUUGUGGUGGACAGCCAUUCAGGGAUUGGUGAACAGGAAGUGCGUGUGUUGAUAGAGGAAGCCUUGCUGCGGUUCAGUGCUGACAAGACAGGCCAGGCAGACUUUGCUCUUGAAUCUGCAGGUGGCUCCAUAGUGAGCACACGCUGCUCGGAGACAUUCUACCGGAAGACCGCACUUGUCAGUGUGCUUGGUAUACCCCUCUGGUACACCUCCAACUCUCCUAGAACCAUCAUUCAGCCGGAGGUGUAUCCAGGUCAGUGCUGGGCGUUCCGGGGCAAGCAGGGCUACAUAGUGAUACAGACCUCUAUAUUGAUCAUACCGACCGGGUUCACCUUGGAGCACAUUCCAAAGUCCUUAGCCCCUAGCGGGAAAAUUGACAGUGCACCUAAAGAAUUCACUGUCCUUGGCCUAGAGAGUGAGCAUGAUGAACAUGGCCUUUCUUUGGGAAAUUUCACAUAUUCAGACAAUGGAAAGCCAAUUCAGUUUUUCCCAGUUCAGCUGAAGGAAGAAAUCUCACCAUUUGUGUUAUAUGAACUAAGAAUUCUUGGCAACCAUGGAAAUGAAGAAUAUACCUGCUUAUAUAGAUUUAGAAUUCAUGGCAAACCAUACAAGAAACAAUAAGAAAGUGAUAUUUAAAUGCUUGACUUUUACAUAAGUUAUAUACAUUUAAUGUUAUUUUUUAACAUUUAACAAAUGCUUGUUUGUUGAAAAUUAUUUACAAUUUAUCAGGUAUUUAAUAUUUAAAGCUUAUGAUUUUUUGAAUGUAUAAUAAAGUUAUACAGAAAAGUCAUUGUCAAAGGAGUAACAAUUAAUAGUGGUUACAAGAUGGCAAAUUCUUACCAACAUCAAAAUUGAAUUUAAAAAUAUUGAAUUAACUAAAAGAAUUACCUGUUAAUUAUUGUUGCUUUGGAGUUUCCUUAGUUUUGUUGGACCAAGUUGACUGGAGAGUAUGAACCCACUAGAAAUUGGAGCUGAUCAUCUUAGUACAAACAUAAUUUUUAGCUCGGCUGUUUUCGGAGAAAACUCGAGGUAUUGUUCUUUUUGGAGAAAACCCGAGGUAUUGUCAUAGCCAGCUCGUAGUGUCAGCCGUCCGUGUCAAGGUUUGUAAAGGUUUUGAACAUUGGCUCUAAAAUCAAAGUCCUUCCACCUACAACUUUGAAACUUCAUAUGUAGAUGCACCUUGAUGAGUUCUACACGCCACACCCAUUUUUGGGUCACUAGGUCAUAGGUCAAGGUCACUGUGACCUAUUAAAAAAAAUAUUCUGACAUGCUUUCGCAGCCGAGCGUGGCACCCGCUACGCGGUGCUCUUGUUAAAUGAAAAGACAACAUUCUAUAAUCUUCAGAACUCUAUUCCACCAUACAUCUUGGACGGUUUGGCAUUUUAAGGAGCAUCAAUCUAUGUUUGCAAUUUGUUUACAAAAACAAACCUUACCAUUUUGUGUGACUGUGACCCUUGGUUACAUUAUACCUUGUUUCUGCUCAGGUAAAUCCACUGCACAUUUUUACUUAUACCCAACAUGGUACUGGAAUGUAGAUUUCUUAAAUCAAUUGCUUUGGUACACAUCAAUGAGAAAAUAGUGCAGGCCAAAACGUCUAAAACGUUUAGGAUAUUAAAAGAAUAAUCAAAAGCAAUAAAUAAAGUAAUUGAAUUUGUUUGCUGGCAGGCUAAUAUUGUGAAGUUUGAUUUCAGUAAAAUGAGAAAUAAGCGUUAAUUUUCACUUUAAUGAAAAAAUAAUUCUCAGUGUUACUUAAAAACAAAACAAAUAUCCUAUAUAUUUAUUAUAAGAAAAUCUCAUACUGAUAGCAUUGUAUGGAGGAAUUAAAAUCAGAAAAAAAAAAUAAAAUGUGUGUCUAUCAAUAAUAUUUUAUAUACACUGGUGCACAAUAAAUUUACACUUUAAAAUUUGUCUAAAAAAAUCUUAGUGGUUGAUAUUGUUUAUUUUAUUCAAUUUUUGUGUUAAAUGAUCAUUAUAAUUGAAAGUUGUAAAUACAUGUUUAUCAGUUGUUUGUGCUUAUAUAAAACGCAUUUUGUUAAGUAUUUGUAGAUUCAUUAGUUAGGUGUUGUUAAAUGUUGUUAUUUAGUUAGAUUAUAUUUAUUUAUAUAUUAUUAGUUAUUUUAAAAUCAUGUCAAGUAGUUAUUGACUGAAUGCAAUUCAUGUCUUUAUAUACAAGUAUUUUCUUUUCUGUUGUUGUUGACACCAGAAAAAUCCAGUUCAUUUUAUUUACAUUUUUUUCUGAUGUAUAUAUUGCAGACCUCUGUGUUAGUCUUAUUUCUGCCAUGUGACCUACAUGUACUAUGGCAGUUGACACAGUUUGUUUUCUGUGGGUUAUAAAUCAGCAAGGUUAUACCUAGAGUGUCAAAUACAGAAAGACUGAUGCUUAGCAAGUAAAUCACAGUAUGAAGUAAUUAUGAUUUGGGAUGUGCUCUGUGAAAAAGGGGCUUAAUGCAUGUGCAUAAAGUGUCUGCCCAGAUUAGCCUGUGCAGUCCGGACAGGCUAAUCAGGGACAACACUUUCUGCCUAAACUUAAUUUUUGCUUAAAAGAGACUUUCCUGAAACGAAAAAUAUCAUAAAAGUGUUGUCCCUGAUAAACCUGUGCAGACUGCGCUGGAAAAUCUGGGACAACACUUAAGGCGAUGCAUUAAACACCGUUUUCACAGAGCAAGGCUCUUUUAAUAACACACAUGUAUACCCUGAAUACUGUUGUUAUCACAAUUGAACAUACGCUUGCAUAUUUUAAAAUCAAUAAACUUUUUUUAAUUAUUAUAAAUACAAAAAAUCAUUUUGUUUAUACAUAUUUUUAUUAUCCUCAAUGGAAUACUUCUGCCUGUCUAAGUAAUGAUUUAAUAUUAUAGCAUUGUUCACAUACAUUUUCUUUAUUGAUAUAUCAUAUACACGUAUACCAAAUUGCUUGAUUUUUUUCUUUUUUUGCAUAAAUAUUGUUUUCUUUUAUUUCUUGUUUUAUAUUUUGAUUUUAAAUUUUUGUUAGACUAAUUAGAACCAGUAAGUUGACAGAAUAUUUAAAACCUGUUAUUAAGUUUUUUGAACGACAUGUACAGUGCAAAACAAAUAAAAAGACGUAAAAAAAAUUGGGUAAAAAUUAAAAUUUAAGUUUCAUUUAUUGUUGUUAUGAACUUGAUGGCUUAUGCCUCUGGUCUACACAUAUUGGACGAAUCAAGCUAGUCUAUUUUUAAGUUUUACUAGACAUUUUUGGUUUUGUUGCAGUAUUAAUUUUAUUUACUUUUUGAUUUCUGAAUCAGAAAAGAUCCACCCCAAAGCUCUCAGAAAACAUUAAUGGGUACAAAUUUAUACACUUCGCAGGUGAUAAAAUCGUAAAAAAUGAGUUUGGUUGCAUUGUAAUUAUGUAUGCUUGCCCGAUCUUUUUGUAAAAAGGAUAAAUUAAAGAACCCAGAUUUGGAAGGGAAUCAAUGAUGUUUCAUUUAAUGAUAGAGGGCUUUUAGAGGCUGUGUUGUGUACAUUCACCAUAACUGCUUCUUUAUUAUUAAAGGAGUUCUUGCCUCUUUUGGUGCUUUUCUUAGUGGGAGACAAAUGCAAUAUUAUAAUGCACCAAUCAAAGAUUUGUUAUUCCUGGUUAAAGGCAAAGGAUAUAGGAUUGGCUUGUCCGUCCGUCAGUCUGUCAGAGUUAUUGCCCUUUUUAUGCUCCCCCAAAAUUUAUUUUUCGGGAGCAUAUAGUCGCCGCUUCGUCUGUCCGUCCGUGUGUCCGUCCGUGCACAAUUUUUGUCCGGGCUAUUUCUCAGCAACUAAUGACCGGAAUUCAAUGAAACUUUAUGGGAAGCUUCACUACCAAGAGGAGAUGUGCAUAUUAUCAGCGGGUUCUGGUCAGAUGAUUUUUCACAGAGUAAUGGCCCUUUGAAUUAUUUUUUAUUUUCCAUUAACUGUACAUAUAGUGCAAUUCUUGUCCAGGCUAUUUCUCAGCAACUAAUGACCAGAAUUCAAUGAAACUAUAUGGGAAGCUUCACUACCAAGAGGAGCUGUGCAUAUAAUCAGGGGGUUCUGGUAGGAUGAUUUUUAGCUCGCCUGAUUGCUCAGGUGAGCUUUUGUGACCGGUCUUUGUUCGUAGUAUGUCCGUCCGUCCGUCUGUUAUCAUUUGCUCGUAAACACUCUAGAGGCCACAUUUCUUGUCCCAUCUUCAUGAAACUUGGUCAGAAGCUUUGUCCCAAUGAAAUCUCGGCCGAGUUCGAAACUGGGUUGUGCCGGGUCAAAAACUAGGUCACUAGGUCAAAAAAAGAAAAACCUUGUAAACACUGUAGAAGUCACAUUUCAUGCCCAAUCUUCAUGUAACUUUGUCAAAAUGUUUGUCUUAAUGAUAUUUUGGUUGAGUUCAAAAGUGGUUUCGAUCCGUUGAAAAACAUGGCCGCCAGUGGGCGGGGCAGUUUUCCUUAUUUGGCUAUAGAGAAACCUUGUAAACACUCUAGAAGUCACAUUUUUUGCCCAAUCAUCAUGAAAGUUGGUAUAAACAUUGGUUCAAUUGAUGUCUCGAAUGAGUUCGAAAAUGGUCGAGAUUGGUGAAAAAACAUGGCCGCCAGUGGGCGGGGAAUUUGUCUCUAUAUGUAUAUAGUAGCAGUUUUCCCUAUUUGGCUAUAGAGAAACCUUGUAAACACUAGAAGUCACAUUGUUUGCCCAAUCACCAUGAAAAUUGGUCAAAACAUUGGUUUUAUUGAUAUCUCGGACGAGUUUGAAAAUGGUCGGGAUCGGUGAAAAAACAUGGCCGCCAGUGGGCGGGGCAUUUUUCUCUAUAUGUAUAUAGUGAAAACAUGCGAACACAGUAGAAGUCACAUUUUUGGCCCAAUUUUCUUGAAAUUUGCUCAGAACAUUUGUUUCCUUGAUACGAGAGUUGAGUUAAAAAAUAUGGUUCCGGUCAGUUAAAUAACAUGACUGCUGGGAGGGGGACAGUUUUCUCCUUAUGGCCCCCCCCCCCUUUCGAAGAAGAGGGGGUAUAUUGUUUUGUUCAUGUCGGUCCGUCCGUCCACCAGAUGGUUUCCAGAUGAUAACUUAAGAGCGCUUAUGCCAAGGAUCAUGAAACUUCAUAGGUACAUUGAUCAUGACUCGCAGAUGAUCCCUAUUGAUUUUCAGGUCACUAGGUCAAAGGUCAAGGUCAAGAUGACCCGAAAUAGUAAAAUGGUUUCCAGAUGAUAACUCAAGAACACUUAUGCCUAGGAUCAUGAAACGUCAUAGAUACAUUGAUAAUGACUCGCAGAUGACCCCUAUUGAUUUUCAGGUCACUAGGUCAAAGGUCACGGUGACCCAAAGCAGUAAAAUGGUUUCUGGAUGAUAACUCAAGAACGCUUAUGCCUAGGAUCAUGAAACUUCAUAGAUACAUUGAUCAUGACUCGCAGAUAACCCCUAUUGAUAUUCAGGUCACAAGGUCAAAGGUCAUUGUCAUGAUGACCCGAAAUAGUAAAAUGGUUUCCGGAUGAUAACUCAAGAAGGCUUAGGCCUAGGAUCAUGAAACUUCUUAGGAAGAUUGAUCAUAACUUGUAGAUGACCCCUAUUGAUUUUCAGGUCACUAGGUCAAAGGUCAAGGUCACGACCCGAAAUAGUAAAAUGGUUUCUGAAUGAUAACUCAAGAACGCUUAGGCCUAAGAUCAUGAAACUGUAUAGGUACAUUGAUCAUGACUCGUAGAUGACCCCUAUUGGUUUUCAGGGCACUAGGUCAAAGGUCAAGGUCACGGUGAUCCGAAAUAGUAAAAUGGUUUCCAGAUAAUAACUCAAGAACGCUUAUGCCUAGGAUCACGAAACUAAAUAGGUACAUUGAUCAUGACUCGAAGAUGACCCCUAUAGAUUUUCAGGUCACUAGGUCAAAGGUCAAGGUCACGGUGACCUGAAAUAGUAAAAUGGUUUUUGGAUAACUCUUGAACGCUUAUGCCUAGGAUCAUGAAACUUCAUAUGUACAAUGAUCAUGACUCGCAGAUGACCCCUAUUAAUUUUCUGGUCACUAGGUCAAAGGUCAAGUUCACGGUGACCUGAAAUAGUAAAAUGGUUUCUGGAUGAUAACUCAAGAACGCUUAUGCCUAGGUUCAUGAAACUUCAUAGGUAUAUUGAUCAUGACUCGCAGAUGAACCCUAUUGAUUAUCCGGUCACUAGGUCAAAGGUCAGGGUCACAGUGCCAAAAAAAACGUAUUCACACAAUGGCUUUCAAGGUCACGGUGACUCAACGUAGAAAAAUGGUUUCCGGAUGAUAACUCAAGAAUGCUUAAGCCUAGGACCAUGAAACUUCAUAGGUACAUUGAUCAUGACUGGCAGAUGAAAUAAAUAAUGAUGAAACUUGAAAAGUUCUUUAAAAAAUUCUUGUCUUCCCAACUACUGUGCCCUCAAGACAUUUCCUUUUAUCUGAAUAUAUAGUGCAAUAUUGUGACAAAAAAAAACUUUGGGGAGCAUCACCCGUCUCCGACGGUUUCUUGUUUUAUUUUUAAAUUUGAUGUCACUUUUCAGGGCUAAAUCUCAGAUACCAUGCAAGACUUCAACAUGAAGUUCAUGUGUGUAUUGAUAUUUAUAAGGAGAAAUGCCACGAGUAAGAACCAUAACCUUACAGUUUCAUAAAUAAGAGUUAUUGCCUUUAGUUGUUCCAGGGCUAUAUUUCAGGUACAAUACAGCAUUUCAACAUAGAAAUUUGAUGGGUGUGUAGAAAUCAAUUGGAAGAAGUACCAUGCACAAGCACCAUACACUUUCUUUAUUUCGAGUAAUUGCCCUUUGUUGUUUUUGUAUGAUGUAACUUUUCAAGGCUAUAUCUAAGAUAAGCUACAAGACAUCAACAUGAAACAUCGUGGGUGUAUAGAUAUCAAUGAGGAGAUUUGCAAUUGCCCUACACUUAAUUAUUUUUUUAUGAUUAUACCGUUAAUCAAGGGAUUUGCAACCAUUCAUAAACUAAAUUUUUGGGCUGGGGAUAUUAAUUCAAUCAAUUUUCUCGUUCUACAUGUAUCAAUCUCCUAUUUUCUUUGAUGUUUAUUAAACCUUGCAGGGAGGGGGUGUACUGGAGUCUCUAUGCUGUUGUUUUUCCUAAUCAGAAAUAAAACAAGUUAGUUUUUCUGCAAACGAUCUUAAGUUUUUGGACGGAACAACUUCCGCAUUUCUCUAGGGAUUGAUUUUAUAUAUUAUCAUCCCACAAUGAAAAUGUGCUUGAGAACUUUCAUUUCCAGUGAUCCAAACACUUCUGAGAUUUUUUAAAUAGUGGACAAAGCAGCGCUGGAGAAUAAGUAACAUUUGUACUCAUGCCCUUGUUUGACUUAAAUUAGGUGCUUGUAUUAGGGUAUUACACAUUUUUCUAAAAUGAAUGGAUUAUUAAAUUAUUAUGCAUGCUUAUAAACAUUUAGCGCUUAGUGCAGUACCAUAAGAUUAUUAUUCAUUUUUUGAUUGUGAUGAUUAGAAAAGGCAGCUUUCUUACAUGCACUUGUAGUAUAUGUGAUGAACACAUCUUUUCAAUAUAAUUUUCUGCUACAAAUAUUUUCUGUAAAUGUCCGAGUCACACUAUGUGCAUGUUUUUACAGCGGAAACAUGCAUUCAUUAUGUGCUAACGGUCCAAUUAUCAUAAUUUCAUUAUAACAAUGUUUACUUCAAUGUCAUGUUCAUAUAUUUAUGCCCCCCUUCGAAGAAAAGGGGGUAUAUUGCUUUGCUCAUGUCGGUAGGUCUGUCCGUCUGUCAGUCCGUCGGUCCGUCCACCAGGUGGUUUCCGGAUGAUAACUCAAGAACGCUUGGGCCUAGGAUCAUGAAACAUCAUAGGUACAUUGAUCAUGACUCGCAGAUGACCCCUAUUGAUUUUCAGGUCACUAGGUCAAAGGUCAAGGUCAAGAUGACCCAAAAUAGUAAAAUGGUUUACAGAUGAUAACUCAAGAACACUUAUGCCUAGGAUCAUGAAACUUCAUAGAUACAUUGAUCAUGACUCGCAGAUGACCCCUAUUGAUUUUCAGGUCACUAUAUCAAAGGUCAAGGUCACGGUGACCUGAAAUAGUAAAAUGGUUUCCGGAUGAUAACUCAAGAACGCCAAUGGCUACGGUCAUGAAACUUCAUAGGUACAUUGAUCAUGACUGGCAGAUGAUUCCUAUUGAUUUUCAGGUCACUAGGUCAAAGGUCAAGGUCACAGUGACAAAAAACUUAUCUACACAAUGACUGUCACUACAACGGGUUGCCCAUAUGGGGGGCAUGCAUGUUUUACAAACAGCCCUUGUUCUUUUAGAUGUUGUGUAGUAUCUGCUACAUCAGUUAUGGUCAGUGUAGCUAUUUUGACGCUAGUGUAUAAAUUGGCGCCAGUGUAUAAAUUGGCGUUGGCAAAUGGCAUCCUUUUUAUUAAGACACCGUAUACGAAUGCACAUAUUAUACUAGUAUAGCUUUAAAAACUAAAAUAAAAUACAAUUCCCUGCUCUUCGUUAUAUUACAAGAAAAUGUGUUUACUGCACUUUAUUGUUAGUAAUAAACACAUUUGCGUCUGA